AUGCCUCAUGAUAAAGUAGGUAAUCAGAUUUACAAGUAUAGGGGUGUUAUUAAAGAUGUUGCAACUAAGUAUCAUCGUAGUUUUGCAUUGACUGAUAAAUCUUCUAUGCAAAUGGGGACAGAAUAUUUAGGGGAUUCUGAACGUGAUUAUAAAGAAUUUGAAAAGCAUUCUAGUAUUCAGCAAGAUGCUAUGGAUUUUUUGUUACUUUUAUCAAAUUGUUCUAGAGAUUGGGUUAGAAGUCUUUAUGUUAAUGAUGACAUAUUUAAUAGUACUCCUACUCAGUUAAUAGAUAUGUCUCCUAAUGAGGUGGUAGAAAGAUCACUUAAUAGGGAGAAAAUAAUUGCUAAGUCAGCU